UCUCAUAGCAUCUUGAUGGAGGAGGGAGGACGGAGCGUCAGCGGGAAGAGCCUCGUGUGCUUUUCACUCUCGGUAACGACUCCACCGGCAGACACCCGGUACACGGUAACCCCGCCGGUUAAACACUUGGACUCUUGAUGAGCCAGAGAGACUUCACGGAGGAACCAUGCAUCGUCUUAAACAGCUAGUACAUCGCUCUCCUCAUCUCCAUCUUCGGACGACGUCGCUUUGUUCGUCCUUGUGGCAGCAUCCUCGGUUUAAGAGCCAGGCUCCGGCGGAGCGGUGCGGGCUGAAGAAGCGGUUCAGCACGGCGGAGGCCACCGCGGAGACGAGGGACCCGGUCCGGAUGCGAGAGAAGACCCUGACCAUGGCGACCCUGAACCCGCAGGUGAAGGCGGUGGAGUACGCGGUGAGAGGACCCAUCGUUAUCAAGGCGGGAGAUAUCGAGAGGAGCCUGCAGGAGGGAGUGAAACAGCCUUUCACUGAGGUCAUCAAAGCCAACAUUGGUGACGCCCACGCCAUGGGCCAGCAGCCAAUCACCUUUGUCCGUCAGGUGGUGGCACUGUGCUGUUUCCCGGAACUGUUGGACAGUCCGGCUUUCCCUGACGAUGCAAAGCAGCGAGCCCAGCGUAUCCUUCAGGACUGCGGAGGACAGAGUCUAGGCUCGUACAGUGCCAGCCAGGGCGUGGACUGUGUCCGACAGGACAUUGCUGACUACAUCACCCAGAGAGACCAGGGUGUACCCGCUGACUGGAACAACAUCUACCUCACCACAGGAGCCAGCGACGGCAUCAUGAGCAUCCUGAAGCUGCUCGUCUCAGGUCAGGGCAAAUCCAGGACAGGCGUGAUGAUCCCCAUCCCUCAGUACCCGCUUUACUCUGCAACCAUCUCUGAGUUAGAGGCAGUGCACAUUAACUACUACCUGGAUGAGGCAAACUGCUGGGCGCUGGAUAUCGAAGAGCUGCAGCGAGCUUAUCUUACAGCCAAGCAGCACUGUCAGCCCAGAGUCCUCUGCAUCAUCAACCCUGGAAACCCCACCGGUCAGGUGCAGAGUAAAAAGUGCAUAGAGGAGGUGCUGCACUUUGCCUAUGAGGAGAAUCUGUUUGUCAUGGCUGAUGAGGUUUACCAAGACAACGUGUACUCGCCUGACUGUCAGUUCCACUCCUUUAAGAAGGUCCUCUAUGAGAUGGGCCCCGAGUACUUCAACAACGUGGAGCUGGCCUCCUUCCACUCCACCUCCAAGGGCUACACUGGAGAGUGUGGUUUCCGUGGAGGCUACAUGGAGGUGUUGAACAUGGACCCACAGGUGAAGGCCCAACUAGUCAAACUGCUGUCUGUCCGCCUCUGCCCUCCCGUCUCUGGACAGGCAGCGAUGGAUGUCAUUGUGAACCCCCCCAAAGUGCACGAGCCUUCGUAUGCUCAGUUUGCCAAGGAGAAGAGCUCAGUCCUGGAUGCGCUGGCUCACAAGGCCAGCCUAACAGAGAAAAUCCUAAACUCUGUGCCCGGGAUCAAGUGCAACCCAGUCCAAGGAGCCAUGUACGCCUUCCCUCAGAUCUUCAUCCCACCACGAGCAAUUCAGGAAGCCCAGGAGCUGUCGAUUGCUCCUGACAUGCUGUACUGCCUCAAACUGCUGGAGGAAACUGGAAUCUGUGUGGUUCCAGGAAGUGGAUUCGGCCAGAGGGAGGGAACCUAUCACUUCAGAAUGACCAUCCUUCCCAGCCCGGAGAAGCUGAAAGUCCUCCUGGAGAAGCUGAAAGAGUUCCACCUCAGAUUCCUCGCAGAAUAUUCACAACUGGAACCUCAGAUCAGCAGAACCAACCAAGACCAGCACAGAGAAAUGUCAAAUCAACCAGACUGAUCCCCCCCACAGCUAUGCUAUUUAAACAGUCUGCAUCAUGUUAAUAUCGCUUCGAGUAUACUCUUGUAUUUAAGGACUUGUGUUACAGAAAUGUGUGCCUUCCUCUCAGAUGAUAUUUAAAGAGGCAAAGGAUCCUCUGUCUGUCUGUCUGCCUGAAUGUGAGAAACGACGGUACAGCAACACACUAAGUUUCCUUCAUGCUCUCAUUGAUCUGUGUGAAUCUUACAUUCAGCCAUCUGCUCUUUACCUACACACAAACACAUACAUCCUUUUAUGCUUGGCCAAGGACACACAUCAGUUUGUCACACACACAUCUUAAGCGUAUGAGGAGCUGUGUGCCUCUAUAUGACUCUGUACAAGUUUGUUUUGGUUUUACCUCACUGGUAUAUAUGAAGACUUUUGUUUUUUUAAGAUUUCUGCCUCCACCCCAAUACAGUCAUAGUUACAGCAUACAAUACAUGUGUGUACUUGUACAAGGUAAAAGUGUUUUCUGAUUAGUUGCCUGUACGUAAACAUUUGGUUAUGUUUAAGCUAGUAAAACUGAUGUUAGGAAAAGACCUGGAUCAUGGUUGACUGUUGGUGCAGAGGGGAUGUUAAAAGCUACCAGAAUCAUAUCCUGGCAGUGUGGAGAAGCCGUUUUUAGACCAUCAGGUAUGAUAACAUUUCCAAAAAUAGAAUUGAUUAAUUCAAUUAAUAAAAUAAGACAUUUUUAAAAAUCA